AUGGCACUCAAAAUCCCAUCAACACUUCUCCCUCGUUCUCUCCACUUUCCUCCCCGCCAAAACCCUAAUCUCUCACAUUUUUCAACCGUUUCUAACCUUCACCUUCCUCUUCAUUUCUUCACACCUUCAACCCUCUCAAUCUCCGCACUUCACGGAACUCGCCUCCUAACCGCUCGCGCGAUUCAAGGUCAAGAACUCACCGGCGAUGAUCUCUCAAUCCCAGCCGAACUUAAAGAACUUGAAAAAGAAGGUGAAGAAGAAACAGUUACACAGAAUACGGAGAAGAAAUUAGCGGAACAAGGUAUAUGGAUUCAGAUGAAGGAAAUUAUCAAGUUUACAGGACCAGCAACUGGACUUUGGAUCUGUGGACCGUUAAUGAGUUUAAUCGAUACCGCGGUUAUUGGUCAGGGAAGCUCCAUUGAGCUUGCCGCUUUAGGUCCUGCUACAGUUGUUUGCGAUUACAUGAGCUAUGUGUUCAUGUUUCUAUCAGUUGCUACUUCCAAUAUGGUUGCUACCGCACUUGCUAAACAGGAUAGAGAAGAAGUGCAGCAUCACAUAUCUGUCUUGCUUUUUAUUGGCUUGGCUUGUGGCUUCAUAAUGCUUUUGUUCACAUGGCUAUUUGGUGCUACCACACUCACUGCUUUCACGGGGUCAAAGAGUGCACAUGUAGUACCUGCAGCUAACACUUAUGUACAGAUUCGAGGCCUGGCAUGGCCUGCUUUACUUGUUGGAUGGGUUGCUCAGAGUGCAAGUCUUGGCAUGAAAGAUUCAUGGGGACCCUUGAAAGCUUUGGCUGCUGCUAGUGUUAUAAAUGGCAUUGGUGAUAUAGUUUUGUGCACCUAUUUAGGCUAUGGGAUUGCAGGGGCCGCAUGGGCUACAAUGGCAUCACAAGUUGUUGCUGCAUAUAUGAUGAUGCAAGCUCUAAACAUGAAGGGAUACAAUGCCUUUGCCUUAUCUAUCCCUUCGAGGAGGGAACUUCUGACAAUUCUUGGGCUUGCUGCUCCUGUGUUUUUGACAAUGAUGUCAAAGGUGGCUUUCUACUCCCUGCUAAUAUAUUUUGCAACAUCAAUGGGAACACAUACAAUGGCUGCUCAUCAAGUCAUGCUCCAAACCUUUAGCAUGUGCACAGUAUGGGGUGAACCUCUCUCCCAAACUGCUCAAUCGUUUAUGCCCGAAUUGUUAUAUGGAGCUAAUAGGAAUUUGUCAAAGGCCCGAAUGCUUCUAAGGUCUCUCGCAAUAAUUGGAGCUACACUUGGAUUGUUAUUAGGAGUUGUUGGAACUUCAGUACCUUUCUUAUUUCCCUACAUUUUUACGCAUGAUCAGAUAGUCAUUCGGGAGAUGCACAAGGUGCUGAUUCCAUACUUUAUAGCACUGGCUGUGACACCCCCUACUCACAGUCUUGAGGGAACGUUGCUGGCUGGAAGGGAUCUAAGGUUCAUAAGUCUGUCAAUGAGUGGAUGCUUAUGUGGGGGUGCACUAGUAUUAUUGAUCUUGUGUAGCAGAUAUGGUUUGCAAGGCUGUUGGUUUUCCCUUGCACUAUUUCAAUGGGCUCGGUUUUCAAUAGCCCUCCUGCGGCUUCUUUCUCCCAAAGGCAUUUUAUACUCGGAAGAUAUAGACCAUUACAGAAUGCAAAAGCAUAGAACUGCUUAG